ACACCUGGACCUGCUUCACAUUUCGCACCGAUAAGAAAUAGGAGACGAUCAGAGAGGAUUUUGUCACAGAGACAAAAAAGAAACUACACUAAGCUGAUUUUUUUUAUUUAGUUUUUCUUUUUAAGAAUAAAGUUUUUAUAAAUUAUUUACGUUUUUAUUUUUUUUCUAAAUUAUGAAUACCUUAAUGCUCUUAUUUCACUUUGCAUUAGUAACAACGAUUUACAGACAGACCAGUAAUGCAGCUGGAACCGCUGACUCAGUGACAGUAAAUGCCAACCAGACUGCAGUUCCCCCAGAAUCUCAUUUGAUGACAUCUCACCCUACAGAUUCAAUUACAACAAUGGAAAGCCGAAGCAGCCCUUCUGCCUCCUCUCCAGUAGUAAAUCACACUUCCACUGCUCCUUACCACUCCUCCUACACUGUUACUGAUCCUGGUAGCCCAAAUAGUACUGCUGCCAGCCCCACACUAACAGAGGAGGCUUUCCCUGUUCCUGGAUCAAACAUCUCCAGUACCAUCCAGCCCAAUAGCAGAGAGCAAACAGAACGAACCAGUGACACCAAUAACACCAGCAGCACAGAAACACUGACAUCGUCUCCUACAGGUAAAAGUGAUUACACCACUGCAACUGACGACAGCAUUUCAACAAGCGAAAUGAGAACUCUCCUUGAUUCCAGCACCUACAGUACCAUCCCCACCACUUCCACAGAUCAGGCAGAACCAACCAGCACUGAUGGCAUCAGCAGUACCGAAUUAUUUACUGUUUCAGACACCUCAAUCUCAACCAGAGACGGCACCUCUACUCCCACAACAAUGGUGACCAAGACCAUCCCUAUCAUUGCAACCACCCUGGUCCCAGGAUUUUGCUUGUCCAAUCCUUGUCCUUCUGAGAGCAUCUGUGUAGACCUCUAUGAAAACUUCACCUGCCAGUGCCUCUCUGGGAUGUUCUUCACUGGGAGCAGCUGCAUAACUGCUAAGGUCUUUCCUGGCAACCUUCAUUUGACAAAUUCGAAUUUUAGUACCCAGAUGUCUGACACAACGUCAAAAAUAUUUAAAGAGACGGCACAGAGCAUCUCAGAAAUGAUGGCGCAGGUAUUAAAGGACAAUGAAGGAUAUAAGGAAUCCAAAGUCAUCAGCCUCAAGCAGGGGAGUGUCAUCGCGUCUCUGGAGAAUAUAUUUGCCCACAGCUCUUCCAUCACGGAGAAGGACAUCGAGGAAAAGAUAGAUAAUGCUAUCAAGAACAACGAUUACCCACUUCUCAAUAGUGCAAAAUUCGUUGCCACAAGUGCAUGUGACUCUGCUCCACCUUAUUGUGACAGUAAUACUACCUCUUGCAACUUUGACAAUGGAAUCGUCUCAUGUUCCUGUCUGGAUGAAUACGUGCCCUUUUUGUUUUCAACAAGGACCUGCAUAGCUUGCCCAAUUGGUCAGAAAGCCGAAAAUGGGAGAUGUGUUUCAUGCCCCUUUGGUUAUUCAGGAUUCAAUUGCAGUGACUCCGCCUUGCUGGCAGUGGUAGUGAUCUCCUGUGUCUUGGGGGGGCUGCUGCUCUUCACACUCAUCGCACUGCUCAUCAUCUGCUGCAGGACUACGAGUAAAGGUCAUAACUAUGGCAGUCCGUACUCCAGCCCCAAUGCUGCUGAACCGUUGCCCAAUCAGGGAAUCCCUAAGAUCCCACGGGCCAACACAAACAACCAUUGGGAGCGGCCAGAAAUGGAAAUGACAGAAAAUGGCAACACACAGCCCAUGGCCGCCAGGGAACAAGUGCCAAGCAGACGGGGGUACUAUGAUGACCUGAAGAACUUUGCAGGAAGAAAUACUUCAAAGUACUCCCACCUUGUACAAGGCCAGGAAAACCCAUAUUUUAUUCAUGAGGAUGAAUAUGGCAAGUAGAAGCUCAUCAAGAGUGGCCAUGCUUAUUGCAGAACAGCAUCUCGUUGCAUAUGGAGCAUCAUGCCUUCCUGAAGACUUUUGCAUGGUAGUGUGAAUAGGUUCAGCUUGUGUAUAAAGUGGUAGGGAAAAACUUGGUAUUCUCUAUCAUUUCUAAGGGUAACAUUUAAAAUCUGCAAGUAUUCUUUCAUUGGGAUAUGUUUUAAAUAUGUCUUAUCCCCAUAGUUACCUUAAAGGUACUUUUUGUCAUCCAUAAAAAAAGUUUUGUAAUCUUUUCUUCCCAUGAAAUAAUUAUUUUUAAGAAAACAGCCAACUCACCGCAUUUGACUUUAUCCCAUUUCGAAGCAUGUUUCUUGAUUUAGAGCACAACAAUUUCUACUACAAUGACAAGAUUUUGAGCAGUGUUAAUAAGCCUCAAAAUAGCAAGAUGUUCUGGGUUAGAUAACAAGAUUGUUAAAUAUAAAUGUUUUUAUUUAUGGAUAUUUUUUUGUUAUUCUGAACACAACAAAAAUAAACAUUAUCAGAGAGAAAGCUUCUGGAAUCAAGUGUUUUCAAGUUGUUUUGGGAUAGCUUAAAUCAUUGGGUGUUUAUUUUUUGCACUUAAUGCAUUUUUAUUUUAUUUUAUAUGUUUGUCUUUGUAUGCCAAAAUGUUUCAGUUUAAAAGGUGCAAAGAUUCAGUGCAAAGUGCAUUUUUUUCUAUUUGGUAUGCUAAGAUUCCAAGGAAUAAACACCAUCUGCCAAGUAAAUGAGAUGCUACAUUUAAAUGUACAUAUAUUUGUAAAUAACCUGCUGUUUUUAAUAACAGUAAAAAUAUGCAGAUGAAAACAAA